GAUUGUAGUUUCAGGUUGGAUUAAAAAAGUUUUUGGUCUAAUUAGUGUUUUUGGAAGUGUUUGAAUUAAUUCUUCUGUUGUUAAUAAGUGUAACACCUACAAAAAAAAAAUACAAUGCCAAAAGUAGUUUCAAGAAGUAUUGCAUGUCUUGAUUCCCGAGAUGAAGAAGAAUGUGAUGAAAAACCUUUAAACAUCUACUAUUGCUUAUGUGGACAAAUGACGCUAAUUUUAGACUGUUCCAUUGAAAAGUUACCAUUAAGAAAACGAGAUGGAGCUCGUGUACUCGAUGGUUCCACUCACGCCCAUAAAAUAAUUGUUGACACUGAUGAAGUGGUUUACAUAAAACGACCAGAAGGAAUUGAAGCUCAACACCGAUACAAAUGCAAAAAAUGCGCUCUUUUAUUAUAUUAUAAACACCAACAGAACAGUCAUGUUAGCUUCAUUGUCAAAGGAGCUUUGAUUAAGUCAACCAAUGAAGGACCUAUUACAGACAUUUACAAUCAAGUGACUACAGAGAAUAAACCAAAGAAGGUUAUGGUUACAAAACAUACCAAAAAUAUGGGUAAAUUUAGUUCAGUGACAGUUUCAACAAUUGAUGAGGAAGAAGAUGAGAUUGAAGCGCGCGAAGUUGCAGAUAGCUAUGCUAAUAAUGCAAGAAUUAUUGAAAAACAACUUGAGAGGAAAGGAAUGAGUAAGAGGAAACAAGAAGGAAGACAACUUCAAGAUAUGAAGAGGGUUCGAGGGACUUUAAUUGAUAAAUAAAAUAUGUUUUUUGUUUUGUUUGUUAGAUUAAUGAUGUAUGAUAAACUUAAAUAAAAUGCCAAUAAUGAAACAACCCCGUUUUUCACCCCUCCACGCUUUGUUGUUAGUCACAACAAUUUUGAAGGCAGCAAUACAUUUCAAGUAAACAUGUUGAUUAGUAA